CUUGGCUCAGUGAUUUCUGGACCCAUCUCGCGCCAUACACUCAACAAGUCACUCAAGCCAUUGAGAUCCUGAAGCGGCAGACAGCCACCGCCAUAUCAGCCCUCCAGGAUAGGGCAGGGGUCCAGGCGAUACAAUUCAAUACCAUCUCCUCCGCUAAUAGCGACGAUAGUGAUUGGGAACAUGUGGAACACCCAGAUGCCGUAGACACAUCAGAAGAAACAGGUGCAAACGAGCCUGAAAUCAUACAAAUUGAGGUCGAUGGCAGCACGCGUACCGUGACUGAAGCGCCCAGAGAGAGCAAGGUAAAUUCUUCCAAUAAUGAUGAUAGGGCAACUGCAAGUGUACUGACUCCACGAACACAGUCGCGCCAACAGCUAGCAUCACAGCAGUUGCCAAGUGCGCAGGAGGAGGCGGAGGAGGCACUCAAACAGUUUUACUUCACCGAUCUGAAGCCGUCCGCUCGAUACACCUCAUCACGGUCACCGUCAGGCCACACACUCAAGCCACGCAAGGGACAGGUGGCACCCAUCUCUCUGCCAGAGUCUAUAGAGGGGCCAUCCGACCCGAAUAAAAGAAGUACACAAGGUCGCCACAUCUAUCUCCCGGACGUCCCCAACAAGAUUGCGGGUCGAUCCUCGGCGGCUGGCGCUAUACAAUUGCCAGAGGUGCCCGACAGUAUAACUAGCAGAAGAAGGUGACACUCUACUUCCAGACUGAAGGACAAAUAGCU